GACAAAAAGACAGAUGCCACUGAACUCUAAAGCAACUUGUUUCUGCUUACCAUGGCAGGUAGGAGCUCAUAGUUGACUGUCACAGAUGCUUGAAGUGCUUCUCGUAGCAACUUGUCCAAAUGCCGGAGGCAAUGGAGACUGUUGGACUUUUAUUGCUUCUUUUUACAGCGUUCGGUGCUGAAGGUUCAACUUGUCCAUUCCCGAGUCCACAGUGUUAUAAGGAAAGUACUCUACCUGACGAAGAUUUCCAUUGUGAAUGGGAGGACCCAGACAGGUCUAAGGAGGCUGUUUACACCCUUUUUAUACAUUCAACUUCUGAUGUUUCUCCAUACCCUGCUGAUUUCCAAAGUGGCAAUGAACAGAACGUACAGGUGCCUCUGGAAUCUGUGCUUAUUGCAGUUCAGUCAGACAUAUGGGUGCAGAAGCAAACAGAGAACAUGACUUGCAUCUCGCCCAACACCUCUGUGUUCCUUAAUGGUUUAGUCAAAUACAGCACCCCUCAUAUACAGAAAAUGGUGAGGUCAGCUGGAAUUGUCACACUAAACUGGCAUAGAGCAAAGGACAAUAAAGGCGCUUUUUACGAAAUCAGAUGGAAGGACUUUUAUGGUUCAUGGCAGAAUGACACUUUUCAGACUGAGGACAGUACCAAAGCUAACCAGGACUCUACCACUCUGCACUUGGAGAACCAUUUAAUGUACCAGGUCCAAGUUAGACGCAGGGCCAUUGAAUACAAUCUCUGGAGUCACUGGAGCGAUAUCAUUGAUGUUCCUGUUGAAAUUCAAGCGCCUGUUGUUCACUGGAAAGAAGAAAAGACAAAAAGGAUGAGGAGAGUUGUUCUCAAUUGGGAUCCACCACCUUUUGAAGCCUCCAUUGGAGGUGUCACUUACAACCUGACUCUGAGUCUACCUUGUGAAACCAAAACCAAAACCACUAAGAAAACAUCUUAUUACAUGAAUGUAACUGAUUCAGAAGCCAGGGUGUCUAUCAUUGCUAUUAAUAGUGUGUCGGAGUCAGCCUCUCAAGAGAUUACUAUACCGAACAUCCAACAUUUAAAAAACUGCCGUGCAGAUUCAGGAACACUGCCACAGAAGAAGCACUUCUGCUUGGAGUGGUAUAAGCUUUCAGAUGGUGAAACCCGGCCGAUACAUGUGAACACCUCAAGGAACGCUACAGUACAGUCCAUUAAGAAAGAUAUGGAGAAAUUUGUCCGUUAUUACUACUUUGUUCAUGUCAAAAAAGGUAGACAACUAUGGCACACCAAAAUCAUGUGUCCCAUUUAUUCCUCAGAAGGAGCACCUGUUGCAGGUCCACAGAACAUCACAGUAAAUGUGACUCAUGAUUCCGCUUUGCUGUUAUGGAGACCGAUUCCAGUCCAGGACCAGCGCGGUUUCCUUCUGCACUAUGCAAUCUGGAUCUUGAGACAAGGUGGUGAAAUAGAUUACCAUGAGGUACCAGAAAAUCAAACUAGCUUCCGUCUCAGAAACCUCACUACAGGGUCCUCUUACACUGUCUAUAUCUCUGGGCGUACUAAAGUAGGGGAGGGGCCUAAUGCCACUGCAAAUUUCUUGAUUCCGACGUCAUUUGCUGCACCUAGUAACGUGUUAUCAAAGGUCAUCCUAAGCGUCGGCGGAGUUGUGCUUGUGUUCUCAGUUUUCUUCUCCAUUGCUCUCAGAAGGUUCAAAAAGAAGAUCUUACCCAUGAUCCCAAGCCCUGUGAUUACUGCUACAGCUUCCGAAGGCCUACAUCACCAGAAUUUGAGUGCAGCAACGGAAGAGGUGCAUGAGGUGAUUCUUCUGUCCCCUGAUGAUCUGGAUAAACAAAACAAAGCAAACCAAAGCAAAGAAAGCACUAUACUGCAAGACUGCCAGCUCAGUGUCUAUGAAGAGGAUGAUGAAGAGGAUGAAGAUGAUGACGCCAAUUUCACCAGUUCCUUCCCGAAUCCUAACUAUAGAGGACAGACGCUCAGGCUUUCUGAGACACUGGCGGUGGACAAAGGCCAAAGGGAAAAUAACUGUGACUCCAGCACACCUUCAUACAGACAUAGCUCUGUUCUUUAACCUCGCAAAGGGGUAUUCUAGUAUUUUUCAGCCUAAUAUCUCUUCUAGCUGCUUCUGUAUUGUAUGGUUGAUGAACACAGCCAAUGGGAACAUGAUGGAGCACUUGCCCUUUGGCUUCUAUUGUGAGUGUACAUUGAAUAAACAGCUGUUCUGUGGUGAUUGACAAUAUGGUACAGAUGCAGGCAGAGAUUAGGUUGGAAACUACUGGGGUAUUCCUUUCAACUUCAAGGACAUCUACAUCCUAAGCCUUAUAAAAGCCUAUAUAAAAAGAAAUCAAUGCAAAAUCACUGAGAUCUUAGAGUUUUAAGGGAAAGGAAUUCACUUCUAGACCUGCGGGUAGGUCUGUGAGGUAAUGAAUCCUCUGAACAGUGGUUUGGAGAAAUGGUUUGGAGGGUUAAUGGAUAAUAUUGCAUUUACAAUAUGACUGUAUCGCUGCUGUCAGAAGAGGACCUCAUAUCUCCAUUUUUCUUUUUUUUCGGUUUUUGAUAUAGUUUGAAAACCCUUUACAUUAUGUGUAAAUUUAAUGAAGAAUGGACCAAAAGAAA